AUGAAUGGGCUGUCGUUUGCAUUCAUCUUCUUUACUACUCUGACUAUUGUUAAAGCUGCACAUUUGUGGCUUAAUCACGAGGUCGUAAUUGAAAGCAGAGUGAUCGAUGCGCAAGAAGCAGUCGAUGAGCCGGCAGCGAUCGAUGCGCCCUUCUCCCAUCCUGGCCACGAAAAGGCGCAUGUGGUGGGCAAGUACGAUUUCUACACCAGAAUUCAAGUGGACCCAGAUGGAGCCAUCUAUGCAAACAAUCCGUUCCCCUGCGGAUGCUGGUACAGAAUCACUCAAGAUUCUCACCAACUCAAGCAACAUUACUUCCAAACAAGCACGCCGUCAGGCGACUUUAUUGGCACAUUAAACCGCAAAAGCGGGAAGAAAACGUUGAUAGAAAUUUCUUACUACUUGAAUGCAAAUCAAGUGGAUACAAUCGUUAACCAUUUGGCAAUAGGUCCGCCGGGCCUGAAGGCUGCCUUCAUAAGGCCGAUGCAUGAGCGUCUCCUCUUAGAACCCGCGUCAUCCAUACGAGAACCACAAAUCCAGCCUACAGGCAAACAAUCACAGGGAUCAAAUGUUCCUCAAGAAGACCUACCAUCUGCAUCAAAACCUUUGCAAAAUUUGGCAAAGGCCAAGUCUAUGCCCAUAUCAUUGUGUUGA